AUGACCCCAUGCACCAACCAGCACAGGCUGUGGGCCACCCAGCUGGAAAGCAGCUUUGCAGAAGACAUGGGUGUCCUGAUGGACAGAGUCGAAUAUGAGUCAGCCCUUGUUGCAAAGGCUGAUUAUAUUGUUCUCUUAGUUGAGAGCUCUGUCGCUAUGGAACCUUCAUCUCUUCCCUAUGUGAAAAAAUUUAUCAUCCGUAUGAUUGACAGCCUGCCAAUAGGGCCUAACCAGUUUCGGCUGGCACUUGCUCAGUACAGUGAUGAAUUGUCCACUGAAUUUAUGCUGGACACUUACAGAAGAAAAGGUCCUAUGGUGAAUCAUAUCAGGAAAGAAUUUAUACUUAAAGGUGGGAGUUCAGUGCAAACUGGAAAUGCUCUCUAUCAGGCUUAUGAAACCUUUUUCAAAAAGUCAUCAGAUGAAAAAGCAAAGCAACAAAUCAUUGUGAUUUUGACGUCAGCACCCUCAGAAGAUGAUGUCCAAGAAGCUGCCAGAAGCUUGCAAAGUCUUGGAGUAAAGAUAAUAGCUAUAGGGACAAAAGAAGCUUCAUAUAAUGAACUUUUUGAGAUGGCUACCCCACCAUUUCAUUACAAAAAUCCGGUGAUAGAAGAGCUGCAGAAAUUCUCAGAAUAUGUGCCACAGAUCAUUGAUGAUAUUACCCAAUACAGAGAAGCAGUAAAGGAUGAUCUUUAAGUAUGUGAUGGAGACUUGGUUGCUGACAUUGUGUUUAUAGUUGAUCAUGGUACUUCAAAGUCAAACUUUGAAGAAUUAAAAAAAUUCCUGCAAAACCUAGCAUCUUCAUUUGACGUGAAGGAGAAAUGUGUAAGAAUUGGCCUGGUAAUGUACACUGAUGGACAAGAAGUGGUGUCUCACCUGAACACAGACACAAGCAAAGCUGAAAUUCUGGAGAUAAUACAGGACCUUUCUGCUGGGUCAGGAAAAGCCAACACUGGUGCAGCUAUUAAUGUCACAAGGCUAAAACUCUUUACUGAAAGUGCUGGGAGCAGAAAGAAGCAAGGUGUAGAGCAAAUAGCUGUUCUGAUUACCCACAGACCCUCUCAAGACAACGUGAGUGAUGUUUCUACUCUUCUGCGGAGAGGUGGUGUGACAGCAUUUGCCAUAGGUGUUGAAGGUGCUUCUGAUCAACAGCUGGUCCAGAUAGCCUCUUAUCCUCAAGAGCAGUAUGUUACCAGUCUCAAGGUGUUUUCUGACCUGCAAAGGCAAAAUGCAAUUUUUCGAAAGAAACUCUUGAAUCAAAUACAAAACAAGCUCUAUGUCCACCCUGAAAGAAAUGAGAUUCUCAAAACAGGAUGCCUGGACACAGAAGCAGCUGAUAUUUAUUUGCUUGUUGAUGGUUCAUCAAGCCUUAACUACUUGGAUUUUGUGGAUAUGAAGAAUUUUUUGAAGGAAAUGGUUAGACUGUUUGACAUAGGAAUAAAUAAAACUCGAUUUGGACUUGUGCAGUUCUCACAUUUCAAUGAACUGGAGUUUGAACUUAAUAAAUACACUUCAGCAAGUGAUUUGAUAAAAGGGAUUGAAAAUAUUCGGCAAAUAGGUGGAAAUACCAGUACAGGGGCAGCUCUAGAUUACAUGAAACUGUUGUUUGAAAAGGCCAGGAGGCAACGAGAAGUUCCAGUGCCUGGCCAUCUGGUUGUGCUCACAGAUGGAGAAUCACAGGACAGCGUGAAGGAACCAGCCAUAAAACUCAGGCAAGACAAGAUUAACAUUUAUGCCAUUGGUGUAAGGGGAGCUAAUAGAACUCAGCUUUCUGAGAUUGCAGGAGAGAAAUCCAGAGUGUACUUUGUACAUAAUUUUGACUCGCUGAACAACAUUAAAAGUGAAGUUGUCCAAGAGAUCUGUACCCCAGAAGUCUGCAAAGAAAUGAAAGCUGAUAUCAUGUUUCUAGUGGACAGUUCUCAAAGUAUUGGAAAUGAGAACUUUCUGAAAAUGAAAAACUUCAUGAGAGAGCUGGUGAACAGAACAGAUGUUGGUGCAGACAGAGUGCAGAUUGGUGUUGUCCAAUUCAGUGACAAACCAAAGGAAGAGUUCAAGCUCAACACCUACUCCACCAAAAGAGAGAUCCUCAGUGCUAUUGAUAGGAUAUCUCCCCUUCAAUCCUCCACACUGACAGGAGAAGCACUGAAGUUCAUGCUUCAAUACUUUCAAGCCAGUAGUGGCUCACGUCACGCGGUUAAAAAAGUUCUCAUCCUGAUCACAGAUGGAGAGUCGCAAGAUGAAGUUAAAGCCCCUGCCACAGUGCUCCGAAAUAAAGGCAUUAUUAUCUACUCUGUUGGAGUUUUUAAUGCAAACAAGACUCAGCUUGAAGAGAUUAGUGGAAAGCGUGAGAUGGUAUUCUAUGUUGAAAAUUUUGAUAUUCUAGACACAAUUAAAAAAAGCCUCAUUUUUUACAUUUGCAGUACUCCUGCUGAUGAUGAAUGCAAAAGAGUGGAACGUUUAGACAUUGUGUUUGUUAUGGACAGCUCUGGAAGCAUAAACCCCUCACAGUACAAGUCCAUGAAAGACUUCAUGAUUGCCCUGGUGAAAAAGUCUGAUGUCGGCCCGGAUCAAGUUCAGUUUGGAGCACUAAAAUAUUCUGAUAAACCAGUAGUGCUCUUUUAUCUCAAUAAGUAUACUACAGAACUGAAGAUUACUGAGGCUAUCCAGAGAGAUGACCUGCUAGGAGGAAGUACUUACACAGCAGAAGCGCUGGUCCAUUCAGAAAUAUUCUUCACUGAAGAGCAUGGCAGCCGCAAGAGCAAAGGAGUUCCCCAGCUGCUGAUAGUGAUAACUGAUGGAGAAUCCCAUGACAGAGACUACCUGGAUGACGUGGCCCAGAGAUUAAGGAACAAAGGAAUUAUCAUCCUUGCAAUUGGAGUAGAAGGUGCAAAACAAGAUGAACUUCUGACAAUGGCUGGAUCAGAGGAGAAAUGUUUCUAUGUGAAUACCUUUGAAGGACUUGAGAACUUAACUGCAAAUAUAACAAGUGAUAUAUGUAAUAUUUCAGUACCGAACUGUCCAAAGAAAGCAGAUGUUAUUUUUCUAAUGGACGGUUCCAGAAACAUAGAUGAAGAAAACUUCAGGAUAAUGAUGGACUUUGUGAGAAGUGUAAUCAAUCCAGCUGUUAUUGUGCAAAAUACCAAAAUUGGCCUUGCACUGUAUGGUGGUGUCUAUAAAGAAGAGUUCAGCCUAGGCAUUUUCCCUAACAGAUCAGAACUAGAAUUUAAAAUUCAAAGCAUCAAACAAAUUAAAGGACACCAAAGUAAUAUUGAAAAUGCACUUGAGAAAGUGAAACUCAAUUUCCAAGCAGAAAAGGGUAGCAGAAUACAUGAAAAUAUCCAACAGAUUUUACUGGUAAUCAUUGCUGGACGAACAACCAGUAGAGCUGCAAGAGCAGCAGAAAGCCUGAGGAGAAAAGGUGUGGAUAUAUAUGCCAUAGGUGUGGGAAAUGUUGAUCAGUCCCAGCUAACACAGAUAACUGGAUCAUCAAGUAGGAAAUAUGUUGUUGAUGAUUUUUCCAAGUUGAAGACCAUAAAAAAAAGGCUGGUUGAUGUUAUUUGCGAGGAUAAUAAUAGAAAAGUAUCUUGUUUUGUGGAUAUCAGUGUGGGAUUUGACAUUUCAUCACAGAGGGAAGGCCACCACUUUUUUCAUGGACAGGCCAAACUGGAAAAACAUUUCCCUGAGAUUUUGCAAGCCCUCCUGUCUCUAAGGGACGUGAGCUGCAAUCUUGGGUCCAAGGCACAGAGCAGUGUGGCUGUUCAAGUGAAGAAUACUGUUAACCCAAUAUCUACAAAGUUCUACAUUGACAGUGAAUCUGUCCUGAGUAACCUGUUAGAUGCUGUGAUCAAGAGCCCAUCCCAACUUAAUGUUGAAUUCUUGCAGUCACUCUGGGAAACGUUUCAGGACAAGGAUGAGACCCGACAAAAGGUAUUACUUGUGUUUUCAGAUGGUGCAGAUGAUGACUUAGAAGCACUUGAACAAAAAUCUGAAGAACUUAAAAAGAAAGGUUUGGAUGGUCUUAUAACUAUUGCUCUGGAAGGAGCCUCCAAUUUUCAAAACCUCCAAUCCAUUGAGUUUGGAAAAGGAUUUGAAUACGGAACUCACUUAGAUAUUGGCAUGACAGACAUCGCUAGCAGGCUAUCCAAGUUCUUGAAUAAUAUCGCUGAGAGGACCUGCUGCUGCUUGUCUUGCAAAUGUACUGGGGAAAAAGGCGAAAUCGGAGCUAGGGGACCACAAGGAAUAAAGGGACCAAAUGGUGUUAAAGGCAACCUGGGAUAUCCUGGAGAUGAAGGAGAUCCGGGCCCAAGAGGACCACUUGGACUACGAGGAAGACAAGGCAAUGUGGGGUGUCAGGGCAACAGAGGUUUAAAGGGGUUUCGAGGAUUUUUUGGGAAAAAGGGUGAUCAUGGGGAAGAUGGGAGUGAUGGAAUCAGAGGAGAAGAGGGGUCUCCUGGUGUUCCUGGAAAGAAAGGAGAAAAGGGUGAUAUUGGAUAUCCGGGAAGUCCAGGGCCAAGAGGACCCCCUGGUGAUCGUGGCCAGAAGGGCUUUCAAGGAGAUCCUGGUAACCCUGGACUAAACAGUGCAAUAACAGGAGCAAGAGGCUUUGCAGGAGAAGAGGGGGAAGAGGGUGAGAGAGGACAAAAAGGCUCACGUGGCUUCUCAGGAAGUGUAGGCAACCCGGGCAAUCGUGGACAGCCUGGUCAGUAUGGCUUGCAAGGAAAACAAGGAUACAAAGGACCUCAGGGACAAAAAGGCACUAAUGGUCAAAAAGGAGAGAAAGGGAGACCAGGACGUAAGGGUCCUCCAGGACAACCUGGUGAUCCAGGACCAAAAGGAGAAAGAGGUCCACGUGGUUUGCAUGGAAGGCAGGGGGAAGAUGGUGCUUUUGGAUAUGGUCUACCUGGAGAAAAAGGAGUAAAGGGAAAUAAAGGAUUUCCUGGAGAUUUUGGACUAAAGGGUGAAGUUGGGGACAAGGGAGAUACAGGGGAACGUGGACUAAAAGGAUAUAGAGGCAGAAUGGGUAUUUCAGGACAUCCUGGUCUGGAAGGCAGUCCAGGAGACAGGGGAUCUCCAGGACGCAGGCCAUGUGAACUCAUUGACUAUGUCCGCAAACACAGUGCUUGUUGGGAUGGUAAACUGGCAUGCCCAGUAUAUCCAACAGAACUGGUGUUUGCCUUGGAUACCUCUAGGACACUCACUUCUGAGACAUUUGAAGUAAUGCGAGAGAUGAUGAUAGCGAUAGUGAAGAAUGCCAGAAUCAGAGAGAGCAACUGCCCAGUGGGAGCCAGAGUUGCUGUUGUUUCCUACAACUCGGUUACCCACCACCUGAUCCACUUCUCAGAGUUUCACAACAAGAAUAAGCUACUGAAUGCACUAAAAAAUAUUUCUUACCAAAGAUCCUCCAGUGAACGAGACACUGGAGGUGCAAUGAGAUUCAUUGCCAAGAACGUUUUCAAGAGAACUCUACAAGGUCCCAAUGUGAGAAAAAUAGCUGUGAUUUUCAGCCACGGACCAGCUGCAGAUGCAUUUUCUGUUAAACAAGCUGUCCUGGAGAUGAGUGCAUUAGAAGUCAUUCCAGUGGUUAUUGCUUUUGAAGACACCCCCCAUAUCUCCCAAGCUUUCAUGAUGGAUGACUCUGGUUUGUUUCAGGUGCUAAAUGUUCUUGCUGGACAGUUUAAUGACACAUUACAAAAAUUUCAGCUAUGCACUUUGUGCUAUGAUAAAUGUAAGCCAGAUGCUUUUUGUGAACGUCCCAGGCACCGUUUACCCAGAGCGUAUGUGGAUGCUGCCUUCAUUCUGGAUAGUUCACAGAAAAUGAGUGGUGCUGAAUUUGAGCAAGUGAAAGACUUCAUGAGCAAAGCAGUCACUGCAUUCAACAUUUCCUUGGAUCCAAAAACAUCUGUUGUAGGGGAUAGAAUAGCUGUGGUGAGCCAUGCACUACCAGAUUUCAAAGGCACAGGAAGGAGGCCAGUGAAGAAAGAAUUCGACUUUGUUACCUACCGCAGUAAAGACCGAAUAAGAAGAUAUAUUAAAGAAUCUCUUCAACAGCUGAAUGGAGAGGCUGCUGUCGGCUAUGCCAUACAAUGGACAAUUGCUAACAUUUUCUCAGGGGCUCCUAAUCCAAGGCUACGCAAAAUUAUCAUCAUUAUAUCUGCUGGAAAAACGAGUCAAUGGGACAAAGGAGUGCUAAAAAAAAUUUCCCUGCAAGCUAAGUGCCAAGGCUAUGCACUGCUAGCAAUUUCACUAGGAAAGUCCUAUGACAGAAAUGAACUGGAAGGGCUUGCAAGCACUCCUCUGGAACAGCAUUUGGUUCAGCUUGGCAGAAUCCACAAGCCUGAGCUUGACUAUGUAAUAAGGUUUCUGAAGCCAUUCAUACAUUUCCUCAGAAGUGAGAACAGCUAUCCACCAGAAGAGCUCAAGGCAAAGUGUAGCAGCCUCCAAUUUCAGAGCCAAAGACCUGUGUAA